CCUGGAAUAUCCACGAUCGCUUCCUACUUCCUGUCCUGAGCGGCGAGAUUUCACUAUCUGUUACGUAACUUCCGUUCUUAGCUGUAUCCCAUCUAGCCACAACCCAUACGCAUGCGCUAAACUGUCAUGGCGGCUUCCAUACUCGGCAUGCAGAAUGCUUUCAAGAAAACCGUCGUCCCACCCUUGGUUGUGAUUCUUGGAGCAACGGGCACUGGCAAAUCUAAACUGGCAAUUGAAAUCGGUAAACGACUGCAAGGCGAGAUAAUAAGUGCUGAUUCUAUGCAGGUCUAUAAAGGACUGGACAUAAUAACCAAUAAAGUCACUGCUGAGGAGCGGGCUCAGUGUCCACAUCACAUGAUCAGCUUCUUGGACCCACUGGUUAACAGCUAUACAGUGGUGGACUUCAGAAACCAUGCUCUUCAACUCAUAGAAGACCUGCACCAGCGUCAGAAGCUGCCCAUAGUCGUGGGAGGAACCAACUACUACAUCGAGUCCCUUCUGUGGAAGGUGCUGGUGGACACUAGACAGGGCAAUGAAGAUCAGGAACGGCGUUUGUGUUGUCCGGAUCCAAAGAUGGCCUUACAGAAACUGGGGGCUCCUGAGUUGCAUCGACGGCUGACUGAGGUGGACCCUGAUAUGGCAGCCAUUUUGCAUCCUCAUGAUACCCGCAAGAUUGCAAGGAGCCUGCAAGUGUUUGAGGAAACAGGUGUGGCUCACAGCAGACUGCUGGAGCAGCAAAGACAACAGGAGGGGGGUGACAUCCUUGGGGGGCCUCUAAGAUUCCCAGAGCCCUGCAUCUUCUGGCUGCACGCUGAUAUGCAGACUCUGGAUAAACGCUUGGAUCAACGGGUGGAGGAGAUGCUUUCACAAGGCCUCAUCGCUGAGCUCCAGCAAUUCCACUUAGGCUAUAAUCAACAGAUGGUCCAGGAGAACUGUCAGGACUACCAGCAUGGUAUCUUCCAGUCCAUUGGUUUUAAGGAGUUCCAUGAAUAUCUCACAGCAGACAGGGAGACCAGCCAGGAGGAGCUCAAUAGACUGAAGACAAAAGGUGUUGAGGCUUUGAAGAUGGUGACUCGGCGUUAUGCUCGGAAACAGAAUAAAUGGGUUCGAAACCGCUUCCUCAAGAGGCCUGGUUCUAAUGUGCCUCCAGUUUAUGGUCUCGAUGUGACUAAUUUGUCACAAUGGGAGGACACAGUCCUCAACCCUGCUCUGUGUAUCCUAGAGAACCUUCAGAAGGGUGAGAAGCCUUUGAUUGAACCACUGAGGCUUGAGGGGUCAGGACAGAAGAACAAGAGGAGCCACCACACGUGUGAGCUGUGUAAAAAGAUCAUCAUUGGAGACCUGGAGUGGAGUGCUCAUCUGAAGUCUAAAACCCACCAGCAUCAUGUCAGGAAGAAACGGAGAACAGAAGCAACCUCAGAUCGGCAGUUGCACCAGCAUGCUCACCAGUCAUCAACAGAGGUUUUUACUCAAGCAAGGUCAAUCCCUGGCCCUGAAAGAGCCACGUCAGAGGAAGACACACCAUAGCAGGCAAGUGGAAGCGAGCAGCUACAAUGUGGACCACAGAUAAUGAUAAUCUACAUUGUCUGUGUGGCUGUGGUGUGCAGAGUGUUGCAAUACACGUUUGUGUCAUGACAUUUUUGAGACGAGAGAAUUGAAGAAUAGAACUAUCAGCAUCUCUUAAAUGAGGUUGUAAAUGCUGUAGCCGAUAAAGAUAUAGCUCUUUGUGCAGACCUUGCUCUUGUCAACUACUACCGCAAAUUAUUAUUGUUAUUAUUUUAAAAGUAAUAAAGGAUUAAUAAUAUAAUGUGUUUACACAAUUAUACUCAAUUUAUUUUGGUAAUUUCAUAUAUGCACAGAAGGGGUGUUAAAAUCCUUGUUUUGUAGAAGAAGGGUAUUCCACAGAGGCCAAUCAACAGCCAAGCCUAUUUAACAUUACAGAACAUGACGCAGGAUAUAUCGACAUCGAUGUAUAGCUGGUGGUAUUCCCCAAGGUGGCACAUGUUUUACUCUUGCACAGUACCACAGUGCUAGUCAGUGAUGUACAAGUUGAUCCGAGUUAAGCAGGGUGCCUGCAGUCACCCGCAGUUACGAUUCAGAGAAAAAAUAUUUGUAAUGAUAUUCGGGUCAUUUGCGAGCAGGUCAGUUAAAAUAAAUGAAAUAUAUCUAAAAAUGUAUAAAAUAUCAUGAGAAGGCUAACAUUAAUAUUUAACUCAAAUAUUAAAAGACAUCAUUGGCUAAAUAAGCAACAUGAGAUUGCCACAUAGGUGACCUGUAUGAUAGGAGAAUGGAGAUUGAGACGGUAGAAAAGCUGAAGAUGGGAUACAAUAAAAAGACAACUUUAAUAAAAGCAGAGUAUAGGAAGUGUUUGGAGAGGUAGUUAAAGAACAUGACAGCAGUGUUGGUUAUGCUCUAUGCACUUCUUGUGAAGUCAUUUAUAAGUAUGACGGCCACAAAACAGACACGACCAAAAUGGCUCAUCCCAAAUGCGGCACUGGUAAGCCCUCCCAGCCAAUAAAGUAAAUGAGGUCUGUGUAGGGGGACGGGGGAUGUACGUGUGUGUGUGUGUGGGGGUGUGGGUGUGUGGGUGUACCUGUGUGUAGGGAUGGGUAUUGUUAGGAUGUUAGCGAUACCAAUACUGCUUAUCAGGUUCUUUCUCUCCAUAAAAAUAAAAGACGACUACACUUUUGUCUAAAAGUGAUACGAGGACAAAGGGGCAAAAGCGAGGACACCUGCAAAUGCACUUGUGUUUUCUGCUACAAAGUUAUGGGGGGGGGAUGUAUGUAUGUAUGUAUGUAUAUCUAUCUAUCUAUCUAUCUAUCUAUCUAUCUAU